ACACACAACUUUUCCCCUUUUCCGUCUCCGGCGGAAGCCCCUCCCUGUUAGCCGUUAGCCGUUAGCUGUGUCACCGGACGACCGGAGGAGAAUCCUCGGUACCGGAGGAUCAUAACACGGAGCCGAGGCGGGAAUGGUCCCGGUGGAGCACGGCAGAGGCUCGCGCUGACCGGACAGCUUCUUCACGCGACGUCACGACGACCAUGAAAUCACUUCCUGCUCGCCCUCGCCGCUAGAACGAGAGAGAGAGAGAGAGAGAGAGAGAGACAGGAUGGGGUUCGGUCGGGAUCUGAGGAAUUCCCACGAGGGAUUACUGAAGCUACAGGACUGGGAGUUAAAGCUGCUGGAGACGGUGAAACGUUUCAUGACGCUGCGAGUAAAGAGCGAUAAGGAGUACGCUGCUCUGCUGCUCAGCAUGACUCAGCAAACGGAGAAACAGGAAGCUGCUGAUUACGUCAGCACUGUGAGCAAGUCGUGGUGUCAGGUGGUGCGCCAGACCGAGGCCUUGGGCCGAGUCAUGCGGAGCCACGCUGACGAUAUGAACUCGGGGCCUCUGCACCGAUUGGCCACGCUGAUCAGAGACAAGCAGCAGGUGAAGAAGAGCUACCAGAGUCUUCAUCACCAGCUGGAGAGCCACAACCACAAGGUAACCAGGAGUGACCUGGACAAAAUGAAGGCGACGUAUCGUCAGCUGAGCCGCGACGCUAACAACGCCAAAGAGAAAUACCUCGAGGCGCUCGCCAAAGGCAGGGAGGCGGAGCGAGCCCGGGAGCGUUACGACAAAGCCACGGCGAAGCUCCACAACCUCCACAACCAGUACGUGUUGGCGGUGUGUGGCGCCCGCACGCAGCAGGACGAGCACCGGCGCCGCGCCGCCCCGGCACUGCUGGACGCGCUGCAGAGGAUGCAGGAGGACAUGACGCUAGCGCUUAAAAGCAUCCUGCAGGAGUACUGUGAGAUCAGCAGUCUGCUGACGGAGGAGAUAGUUAAAGUUCACCAGGAGAUCUCGGCGGCCGUGGAGCAGAUCGACCAGCUGGCAGAGUACCAGCACUUCAUUGACGCCUACAGGUCUCCGGAGACCCCCGAGGCCAACGUGGAGUUCGAUGCGUCCCUAUUGGACGAGACGGACAACCUGCCGGCUGACGAGAUCCUCUGGAACACGCUGACAGCAGACAGCCUGCAAGCUAUGUUGUCGUCGGCGACGGAGGAGCUGUCUCUGACUCAGCAGAACCUGAGGACCAAGGAGGCACUGGCUGACGACCUCGACACCAAAAUACAGACCAGCCAACAGAGCUCAGAGAGGAAGAGCGACUGUGUCCUGCUGCUCAGUCAGAAACUGUCUCUCCUCGAGCUUCAUCAUGCCGUCCAAUCACUGCGCGGCUCCGAGGCCCGCCUUGCGUCCCAGAAGGCCUUGCUGGACGCCAAGAUGGCGGACGCCGCGACCACCCUGCCCCCCCCACCAACCCCCCCGGCGCUGCCGUACGAAGACGACUCUCGCUCCGUCGGAUCCACCGAUAAGAUGAAGGACAGGAGUUCUCGGUUUGAUACUCUGCGUCAUCUAGCCGGAAUGAUCCGCUCUCCUAAAGCCAUGCUGGGCUCCUCCACCUCGCAGUUCUUUGAUGUGAUCCCGACCUCGGAGCGCCCCCUAGCGGACCAGGACUGGUACCACGGAGCCAUCCCCCGCACCGAGGCCCAGGAGUUACUACGGCAACAGGGAGAGUUCCUGGUCCGGGAGAGUCACGGAAAACCGGGAGAAUAUGUCCUCUCAGUGUUCUCAGACGAUCAGAGGAGACACUUCAUCAUCCAGUACGCUGAUAAUCAGUACCGAUUUGAAGGGACGGGCUUCUCCACCAUACCUCAGCUCAUCGAGCAUCAUUUCUCCACCAAACAAGUCAUCACCAAGAAGUCUGGAGUCGUGCUGCUCAACCCCGUCGUCAAGGACAAGAAAUGGAUCCUGAACCACGAGGACGUGGUGCUGGGGGAGCUGCUGGGAAAGGGUAACUUCGGCGAGGUGUUCAAAGGCACGCUGCAGCGCGACAAAAUGGCGGUUGCCGUCAAAACGUGUAAAGAAGAUUUACCUCCGGAGCUGAAGAUCAGGUUCCUGUCUGAGGCCCGGAUCCUGAAGCAGUACGACCAUCCGAACAUCGUGAAGCUGAUUGGAGUUUGUACGCAGCGACAGCCGAUCUACAUCGUCAUGGAGCUGGUUCCUGGGGGGGACUUCCUGUCCUUCCUCAGGAAGAAGAAGGACGAGCUGAAGACGAAGCAGCUGGUCCGGUUCUCUGUGGACGCAGCGGCCGGCAUGGCCUACCUGGAGGGCAAGAACUGCAUCCACAGGGACCUAGCAGCCAGGAACUGUCUGGUGGGCGAGGGCAGCGUGCUGAAGAUCAGUGAUUUUGGGAUGAGUCGUCAGGAGGACGACGGCAUUUAUUCUUCAUCUGGACUCAAGCAGAUCCCCAUCAAAUGGACUGCUCCAGAGGCCCUCAACUAUGGGCGCUACAGCUCCGACAGUGAUGUGUGGAGUUACGGCAUCCUGCUGUGGGAGACCUUCAGUCUGGGGGUGUGUCCUUACCCCGGGAUGACCAAUCAGCAGGCCCGGGAGCAGGUGGAGAAAGGUUACAGGAUGGCGUGUCCCCAGCGUUGCCCUGACGACGUGUACAAAGUGAUGCAGCGCUGCUGGCAGUAUAACCCCGAGGAUCGGCCCAAGUUCUCAGAGCUGCAGAGAGACCUCGCCGCCAUCAAGAAGAAGUGAUGCAUCAUGGGGGCGUGGUCGAUGACAAACACUAAAACACACGGUUAGCAUUAGCACGUAGCUGCUACUGCUGCUGCAAACACUAAAACACACCGUUAGCAUUAGCACGUAGCUACUACUGCUGCUGCAAACACUAAAACACACCGUUAGCAUUAGCCUGUAGCUGCUACUGUAAACACUACUGACAGGCGGACAGACAGAAGCAGAAUUUCUCGGUUUUUUCCCCAGAAUUUAAACAAAUUAAACUAACACUUUCGUUGUGGAUCAGCGCCGAAAAACUACAAAAUAAUCUGUCGAUUGGGUUUGAGUGUGAAAACACUAAAACACUGCUACUGCUGCUGCAAACACUAAAACACACCGUUAGCAUUAGCAUGUAGCUGCUGCUGUAAACACUAAGACACACCGUUAGCAUUAGCAUGUAGCUGUAAACACUAAAACACACCGUUAGCAUUAGCACGUAGCUGUAAACACUACUGACCUCUUCUUCUAUCACACUAAACACUACUGGUCACAAGUUUCUCCCCAGAUUUUAAAACACAGCCCAAUAAACACCACCCCCCCACCACCCAAAGUCUGCAUAUAUCCUAAAGUAGAGUUGCCAUGGAGAUGCUGCCUUCAGGGUCGCCUUUAGAAACCCGUCAUGAAAUACUAAUAAUGCAUUUUAUUAAUUUCUACUCAGAGACCGAUCCCCCACUAACCCUAACCCCAUCUUACACUGACCUUUGUUCAUCUGAAAUGAAGACAGAACUACACACACACACACACACACACACACACACACACACACACACACACACACAGAG